GGUGGGCUUCAAGCUUAAGCAGGGGGAGUAACAGAAGGAAGGAGACCCCCUAAUUAGGGCAGAUAAUAGGAGCAGCAGGAGCAACAGGGGGCCUCCAGCUGUUGGGAAGCAUUCAUUCCUCGCAGCCCGAGAGAGGAUUCCAUCUAGUGGGGGCGGAUCAGGAAAGAGAAGGGAUUGUUCAGCUGCGGCAAAGCUAACUGACUAGCAAACCAGCCCGCUAGCAGCCCCUCUUCAGAGAUGGAGUGGAAGUUAGAAAGAUCUGCCACCCGGAAGGUCAAGACGGAUGAAGCGGUGUUGUGGGAGAAGAUAAUGAAAGCACUUGGGUCAGACCUUGGACGGAUCAGAAAACAAAGUGUGCAAAUGCUUCCUAAGGAGAGCAAGACUGGCACGGAGCUGCAUGAUGGACAGAUAUCGCUGGUGGAUAAUCGAGAGUUUCAGAUAACUGAGACUCCAGCUAAGACCUAUUCCCAGUUUAAAAGCUGCAUUGUGAAGAAGCUGGCAUUUCAAAGUCCUGUUGCUAGUAGCCCAAUUACCACAAGAUGGCAGCAAAGGUGCAGAAACCAAGCAGAACAAACUUUUCCAGAAUGUCGUCCUACAGAACUUUCUACCUCAGAGGAUGGGUCUGAUCUGAUUGGGUCAGCUGAAAAGAUUACAACAAUCCCAGUGUCUUCUAAGGUGUUUACUGAAGCCACUGCCAAUGAACCCACCAUAUUCACUAAUACCACUCAUGUUCAAACAAAACAGAAAUGUCUCCAGCAGAUGUCAAUCAAUGAAGAGAACAGACAUGGCAUUUCAGAGAAAUUUCAAGGGAGCAUCAGGAUUUGUGAAAAACAUGAGUGCCUUUGGAAAGGAUGCAAGAAUGGAACCAAGAGUGAAAGUGAUGCUCAUGACUCUUCAGCUCACAAUAAAAGUUCCCUCUCACUGGAGCCAGAAAUUAGAUUUCACAUCACUGGCUUACAGAAUGAUUACUAUCUCAACGUAUUGGAUUGGAGCCACGAGAACCUCCUUGCUCUUGCUCUUGGAUCUGCUGUACACAUCUGGAAUGGGGAAACAAACCAAACUAUUGAAAGCAUAGAUCUAUGUUCCACUUCCAAAUAUAUUGCCUCUGUAGCAUGGAUGCGAGGGCAUGGUUGCCUUGCAUUUGGCACUAGUGACGGAGAAAUCCAGCUGUGGGACAUUGAAACCCAAAAGACGCUGAGAAAUCUGUCUGGUCACCUGUCUGUGGUUGGAGUCAUGAGCUGGAAUGACUAUAUACUUAGCAGCGGCUCUAGGCUAGGAUAUAUCUGUCAUCAUGAUAUUCGAUCGGCUCAGCAUCAUAUAGGAAUGGCACGGCAAAGCAGGCAGAGUGUAUGUAGCUUGCAGUGGUCCCCAGACAGCAGACAUCUGGCAUGUGGAUCGAGUGAUGGUCUACUAAAUAUUUGGCCUAAUGAUCCAGGUGUGACAAUACGAUGUAGGCCAUUGAUCUCCAUACCCCAUUCCUCAGCAGUAAAGGCCAUGAUGUGGUGUCCAUGGCAAUCCACAGUAAUUGCCACAGGAGGUGGAAUGAAGGACAAACUUUUGCACAUCUGGAAUAUAAGCAGCAUGGAAAUUCUUGAAACUGUAGAUGCACAGUCUCAGGUGUGCUCCCUGCUCUGGUUACCCAAUACCAAAGAAUUAGUGAGUGGGCAAGGCCAUCCUGGAAAUAAGAUGAACAUCUGGAAAUACCCCAUGCUUUCAAAUUCAGCAGAACUCUGUGGUCACAAAGGAAGAGUCUUGCAUAUGGCAUUGAGUCCAGAUGGAAACAGUGUUUUUUCUGCUGCAGCUGAUGAGACAGCUUAUGUGUGGAAAUAUAGGAAGAUAUAACCAAAAACAGCUUACCUUCAGGAGGAGAAUCGUUUCAAUGUUUUUAUUUUAUUUAUAUUGGCAUUUUAAAGUUGCUGUUCUAUUCAUUUACUAUUCAUCUACUAUUUAAAAAUUAAAAAUGACAUAUAAUAGCAGUGAAACACACAAUAUAGCUAAAAGGUAA